CAGAGAUCUUCAAAAGGCAAAGUACAGAGGCGUCAAGGUGUGACAUGUGACCAAUGCAGAAGUAAACAUAUCCGAUGUAUCGCACCACCCACCUCUUCUGCAUCUCCAGCAAAUUCGGAUUUGAGCGGCCAAUCAAGCAUAGGAGGCAGAAAGCGAUGUACUCGAUGUAUCGAAAAAGGUUUGGAGUGCACUCGAAAUCAUGCGCCCCCUUCAAGAAGAUAUCCUAGACCUAGUCGAACGGGCAAACGGAUUGAGCAAGCUCGUUUGAUGCAUGGAUCCAUCGAAGGAGCUCAAGCUGCUGCUAGACUGGAUGCAAGCACAAACGAUCUAAACAUUCUCGGCCAAGUUGGUGGCCUUCCUGUGGGUAUGCACUCAUUGCCUAUCUCAAUACCUCAUCAAUCCAACAAUCAAUUACAGCAGCAUGUCAUUGCAGGCUCAACGUCGCUUCGUCUAUUGACAUGCUUCUUCGCUUCAGCGCAUAUGCAAUUGCCAAUCGUGGAUUUCCACAAUUUCAGUGCCAGGUAUAAUUUCUCUCAAGGUAAUUCUCGUAUUAUGAGUGUGAUGGCGAAUGGAGGUGAUGAAACACAAAGAAUUCCAUCCGCAAGACAGAGUGCGCCUGGUCUACGUAUGACCUGUUGGCCGCCUACCAAUGGAACCAGUACGCUGGCUACGCCAGGAACGACUGAAACCUUGAUUGCCGCCAUGCAUGCUUGGGCGGCAGUGUAUACGGAUUUACCCCUAGCAUUUGGAACCAAUGCUGGAUUGUUGGAGCUAAAUCGACGAGAUGAAGAUCAGUCAGCUGGCUCAAAAUCUGCUAUGGUGAUGGGUGCCAAUGGUAAAUUACGCAGACCGAAACGUAAGCAAGGCGUUGCAUGUGAUACUUGUCGAUUGAGAAGACUUCGAUGUGAUAAGCUGGAAAGGCCGGAAGGAAUGGGUUGUAGUCGAUGCGAGGAUAAACGAAUUGUUUGUACCGAUGAGUACAUUCAAACGAAACGGGCAAAGUCCAUGGCAGCAGCAGCAGCUGCUGCUGCAAAGAAAUCACAACAAAGCGAUGCGACACCCAGCUCAACCGAAAGCCACACGAUUCCAUUGUCCAACACUCAUGAACAACGAGCAUGGAUCGACGACGGUCCCAGAUUGCCCAAGAAUUAUACUUUCGGACGAGGAAGAGAGAUGAUUGCAUAUGGAAAAGCACGUCAAGCGUUCGUUCACCUGAUGCUAGAACGUGCAUUGAAUUUGGCAUAUCGUCAUGAUUUAUUAAAGAUGCCCAGUAUUGAAGCCAUUCAAGCACUGCUAAUCUUAUCACAGGUCUCCUCUCUCGUCCGACGCGAGGAUGCUGCAACCGAAUUGGCUGAAGCGGUUAAUAGCCAUUUGAACAUUCUCGGAUUGGAAAGCAAUGAUGAGGUAGAUGAACAAGAUAAACUCGCAGUCGAGCUUAUCUUGAGUCAGUUGCAACGCAAGAGAUUGUGGUGCUGCGUUUGGGGUCGUGAUGCUCUGGUUUCGGGCUUGUUCAGAUCAGUGCCUGCAUUCGAUGCCGAAAGAGCAAUCGGUAUUAAAGGCAAUCAAAGCGCGAAUAAUGGUAAAAGUCCGCGAAUCCAAUCACCCAACGGUAAACUUGAGCUGAAUGGGCAAAUGGGUCUGUCUUUCUCCAUCUUAGCCCUUUUACAAGUUGGCGCUUUGGCAAGAUUCAUGAACAAACAUAUCGAUAACAUUUCGCAUUCCCGUCCUGCGAUUUAUUUGGGACCUGGAAGCGGUCUUGCAUCUCGUCAAGCUCCACCUGACAGAUUCCCAAUGAUGCCCACACCUCUCGAGAUGCGUAAAUUGCAAAGGGCAUGCUUUGCUCUGUGGCGUAGCAUUGAUUCGCUAUUGUUAUUCUUUGAUGAAUGUGCGCUGAAAGCACGUGAGAAUAUGGCAAGUUUGCAUCCUUUCCAACCUUUGGGAUGGAUCGCAACACUAAAAAUUACGGCUGCCAUGUUGGAUUUGAGUACGUACAGGAUCAUUGGUGAAAGGAUCCAUCUAGCACGCACUUAUAUUCAAGCCACUGCAACACUUUCGAACAACGGUGUAGGAGGUGACAUUGGCGGCGUGAUGGGCAUGCAAGAAAUGAUGAUGGAACAAAUGACGCAAUUGGAAGCGUUAAGAUCUGCAUCACAAAAGCGUUGUUGGACUUCUUGUAGACGGAUCGCCUUGAUGGUUGAAUUUUUGUUAAGCAAGAAUGUUUUCCAAACUGGCGGUUUAUUGAUGCGCAGUAUUGUUCAUAUUGCCAACUUUUUGGUUCAUCAACCAGCAGCUUCUGCCGCUACACUUACUACUUUGUCAGAAGAAGGCCAGCAAAGCAAUCCUAUCCUUGGUCUUCAUGAGCCUGCUUCAGAACAAGAUCAAGGUUCAGCGCAACAAAGCAUCGAUCCGCGUUCAAUCUUUGGUACGGGUAACACUGCCAACACUUCCUCAGCAACCUCUGCCUCUAAUCAGAGCAAUCCCGAAUCAACAGACGGACAUAUUCCCGAAAAUGUCUUUACGGGACAAUUGCCACCUUUUGAUGCAACACGAAAGUAUCAUGAAGUUCAGCUUUGCCUUGAAGCAAUGGCACAAAUGGGUUAUGCUUGGUCUGGAAUCGAUCAAGAAAUCGCUCAAGUUCAACAGGCACUUCAA